AUGUCAGACUACAUUCCGAAAUUAGGGGCACGUACUCGGGUAAGGGGCACAGUGUAUGAGCUGAAGCCAAGCCCCUCAGACUCCGCUUUACCCCUGAGCACGGUCUUAACAGCAGAGCUGAGGGAGCUAGAGGUUGAGCAGGCUGAACAUGAACAUCAGGAAGAGGCAAGCAAACAGAAGAAGGUCAUGGAGGAGCAGAAAAAGCGAGAUUGGCGGGUGGAACAGGAGUGUUCCAAAGCUGCAUUCACUGGUGCAAUCAAGACCAAGAAGCUGGAGGAGCUAUGCGACAUAGCUGCAGCCUUGCAAUUACUCGAGACUGGACUCAAGGCUGAGAAAAAUCCACAAUACGAGGGUUUAUUCAACCCUACCCAUUCUCGCAAGCACUGUCUUGAUAACAGUGAUAGCACUGCAGAAUUACCGCAGGACACGAUUCCCCCACCAAAUCCAGUUCAUGAACUGUUUGGAUACCAGCCUCAGCCUGCACAUCAACCCUUGAUGUCAAGAAAUGAACACAUACCAGAAUUUCCCCCACCUGGGUAUGCCCCCCUGCAUUAUCCAAUGCAGCAUCCUGCACUUCAGCCUCACCCUCUGCAUAUUUUGCACCCUCACUUUGCACCAGCGAGUCAUGAUAAUGCAGAUCUCUGA